AUUCAAUGCAUUAAUCAUUUUAAUCUGUAAUGUGUAGGAGUCCAAUAACGUUUUAUUUUUAUUUAUUUUUUACACCGCAGUAUGGCAGUCCUUCCCAUAUGUCAGCCUGCCUUAGCUGCUGUGCGCGCGCAGCCACCAUUUCUCGAAUGCAAGACAGUGACAGACUGUUUAGGUUGUCAUGAUCGCUCAUUGUUGGUCAAGCGAAGUUUACACAAUGUUGUUGAUUUUGAUCAUUCUCCUGCAGAUUAUUUUUUUUAAAUGGAGGUCCGUGAUUCCAGAUACUCGUCACGAUUUCCCAUACCAAAAACUCAUUUAUAAACCAGGAAAAAAUAAUUUUUUUAAAUGAACUUCCAAGAAAUAAAUCUGUAGGCCCUUAGAAGCCAGUGCAUUGUCGCCAGUGUUUUUUUUAGCAGUUCUGCAAAUUCUGCAACAUUGCUGUGGCAGCUUGUGAACUGUAUAUUUGCCAUUACUAUUUUAAAAUGUAUAAAUUUAUUUGGAACAGGGUUUACAUCUGAAUAAAUGCUGUGUUGGUACCUUUUGGUGUUGUAAUGUUUUUUCUUUUUUGUAAUAUAUUAUUUUUUUUCCCACCAGGAAAGAUGCAAGCUGUGCGUGAACAUGACUCGAACGCCAAAAAAAAUAAAUGUUUUGAAGUUCAGCUGACCUCCAAAUCCUUUUGGGAAUGCGCUGCCAAAAAGUUCAACAUCCCAACCUUGGACUUGAAAGUGUUUGAUGACUCAAAGACAGAAGUUGAUGAGCAGGUUUUUGAUCUCCUGUUGAAAAACCCAAACCUUGGUGUGUUGGAAAGUUGUCUGGCCAAAGAUGCAAAUCCAGAAGAUCAGCAGAGUUGUCCUGCAAAGAGCUGCAAUACCAGUUCAAUUGGAGAUACUGAAGUGGACUCAGAUGACACCAUAAUAUUACAACACAGUCCUACAACAAGACGAAGAGUUGAAGGCACCUCUCUUGCCAAAGUGGUUGCUGUCAUUGGUGAGGAUGCAUCAUCCGUUGAAGGUCAUGUGAAUGUCCUGCAUAUCCAGUUCAGCAAGGUGCGAGAGGAUAUACUAAAGAAGUACCCUUUCUUGAAGACAACCUCAGGGUUGUUUGAUGUUGACCGAAUGCAUCCAUCACCUGUCAGUUUAAGCCAGCGCUUCAAGGACGGCGUUUACCAGUAUUGUGCCAAAGGUGCUUGAGCUUGUUCAAAGAAAAGCUCCAUUAGCUAAAGUCUACAACGAAGCAAGAGAAGAGAUGCUUGCAGAGGAUCUACUAGGUAUUGACAUAAACGUAAUCCUUGGUAAUCUUUUGUGUUUAUAGUUCUUCUUUUUAGAAUUCGUAUCAAUAUUAUCUUAUCACAUUUAUGCAUUUUAUUAUUUAAAUUAUGCAUUUAA